GGCAAGUCGGCUCUUGGGGAUGUACACACCACACAUUAAUUAAUUAGCAGUCCUGAAGAAAGUUGAUGUUUUUUCCCCCAAUUUCUAUGCCUUACUAGUCCCAGAUGGCCAAUCUAAACGAAGGAGGCGAUCGUCAGGUGAUCCUAGCAACUGCUGGAUAUGACCACACGAUCCGAUUUUGGCAAGCACACACAGGAAUUUGUCACAGAACAGUUCAACAUCAAGACUCUCAAGUGAACUGUUUAGAAAUUACACCGGAUAGACAUCUUCUUGCUGCAGCGGGUUACCAGCACAUUCGCAUGUAUGAUAUCAAUUCCAACGAUGCGUCACCAGUGAUCAACUACGAGGGCAUCUCAAGGAAUAUAACAGCCGUGGGUUUCCAAGAGGAUGGCAAGUGGAUGUACACAGGAGGGGAAGACUGCACGGCUAAGAUAUGGGACCUCAGAAUGAGAAACCUACAGUGUCAGAAGAUUUUCCAAGUCAAUGCUCCAGUGAACUGCGCCUGUCUGCACCCAAAUCAGGGAGAACUCGUUGUUGGAGACCAGAGUGGCACAGUUCACAUAUGGGACCUGAGGAGUGGACACAAUGAGCAACUGGUUCCGGAACCAGACUCCUCCAUCCAGCACAUAUGCAUCGACUCGGAGGCGACCCACAUGGCGGCCAUCAACAACAAGGGAAACUGCUACAUCUGGAGGGUGUCGCCGGGUACCACUGACCCCAUCUCACAGCUCAUACCCAAGACCAAGAUCCCCGCCCACAAGAAGUUUGGGCUUAAAUGCAAAUUCAGCCCGGACUGCACGCUUCUUGCCACAACAGCAGCAGACCAAACGGUGAAGGUCUGGAAGACGUCUGACUUCACGUUAGUCACAACGCUGACGGAUCCCGUCCAACGCUGGGUCUGGGAUUGUGCUUUCUCAUCAGAUUCUCUCUACAUUGUCACAGCCUCCUCCGACCACACAGCACGAUUAUGGAACCUUGAGCAGUCAGAGGUGAAGAGGGAGUUCAAUGGACAUCAAAAAGCCAUCACAGCGUUAGCGUUCUCGGACGGAGUCACAGUUUGAAGAUAAUGUACCUCUCAAUUAUUAUUUUUGUUAUCUGGGCUUGAAAUAAUUGCUUGACCACCAGCAAAACAGAAGGACUUUGAGCCCCCAAAUGUGCCACAAAUUUUUGUCACUCUGAUGGGAUGGAAUGGAGCUGGAACUUACACAAUCACAUAGAUUAUUGGCAUGCUGUGGUCGAGCCAUUAAGUGCACCGCAUUCGAGUUUUGGUGUUUUUGAUCGUCAGAGUCUUGGCACUUGUGUCCUCAACCAGUGUAGACCGUAUUGAAUAACCCCUUUG